AAACACAUAUACUGAAUAUAGUGAUGAACCCAAAACACCCAAAGAUGAAAAAAGAAACACAUAUACUUCCGAGCAAGGUGAAAUAACUUUGCCUAUAGAAAGAGAAUAUGAUGAUGAUGCUUCAUCAGCUGAUUCAUUUGCUUCAGCAAAAGAAACAAAUAUUGAUUCUAAAAGAGAAUCUUCGGCAUCCAAGAGGGAUUCCAAGAGAGGAUCUGAUAUAUCCAAAAGAGACUCAAAAAGAGGAUCUGAUAUAUAUAAAAGUGAUUUCAAACGUGUUUCGAGACACGAUGUUUCUGGAUUAAUUCCUGGAGAGCCCAUUGUACCUGUCAAGACAUUUAAGGAUGCUGAAGUACAAACAGAAGUUGAAAUUGAACGAAAUUAUUCUAUUUCCAGCAAAUUUACGUUUGGAAAUAGGGAAAAUAGAGAGACAAUGGUUUUCGAAAAUAUCAUACAUAAUCCGAAUGAAGACAAUAAUUCCACACACCAGUCAGCUCUGUAUAUACCUGACGACAACAAUAUUGAUAAAAGAUUUACACUUGACUUGAGUUCAUCAUUUAAUAACACGAGAGAUAAUAUUUUAAAUAAAUCUUCUACUGAUGUCAAUAAAAAUGCUGAAGUUAUUGGUUCUCGAAUUAACUCAAAUGAUCGACCACACAGUGCCUUGCAAAAUUCAUAUAAGCAUCAUGUUAAUAGUUUAGAUCCUCCUCCACGCCCUAUAUCUGGACCACCACAAACACCAAUAACACAUACACAAUAUAUGGAUUUCGGUCAACAGGCUGGAUCGCCAAAAGUUCCCCACCCUCUUAAUAAUACUCAGGGACGCAGAGGCUCGACAGAUUCGGGUGAUCAUCCCAGAGGUGCUAACGAUAACAGAACAAGAGAUAUAAACUCUCGUGAAUCUCGUCAUCGUCAUACACCUAGUUCAGGUUCAUCUUCAACCGUAAGCAGUAAUUCAUCUUCAAUUGAUCCGGCUAGUCACCAAUCAGAUUCAUCAUAUGUAGAGCCCAGUGGACCGAUACCCGGACGAUCUGGAACAGAUCCAACUAUUAUUCAAGCAAUAACUCAAACAAUGAUUGGUGAAUACUUGUGGAAAUAUACGCGACGUAAUUUUGGAUCUGGUAUUUCAGAAAAACGGCAUAAACGUUUCUUUUGGGUUCAUCCUUACACCAAAACUUUGUAUUGGAGUAACAGAGACCCUGGUACUUAUGAGCCUAUUGAUCCAAAGUCAAAGAGCGGAAUGUCUUAUUUUGCAUAUAUUGAAUCUGUUAGGCAAGUUGUUGACAAUAAUCCGUCACCCCCCGGAUUGCAUCACAUGAGUCUGGUCAUUAAAACUCCAGAAAGAGAAUUAAAGUUUACAGCGCCAUCCAAGGAUCGACACGAAUAUUGGUUUGAGGCUUUAACUUAUCUACUUUUGCGACCCGACGAGACGGGCCAGAUUCCUGGACGACCUGGAAAGAUAGCAUCAGAUCCCUGGGAAACUCAACAGAUACAAAAUACAUCACCAAAUGGUUCAUUAAGGAGCAAUAAUAUCAAGAAAAAGUCAAGCUUCAGCAAACUUCAAUCAAUGUUUCGACGUCAAGAUACUUUGUCUCCUUCUUCACCUCUUUCAUCCGAGUUUACUGAUGGGCAACUUGUGGUACAGGGACAUUCACAUAAUGAUUUGGAUAACAAUGAAGUUGAAAAUGUGCGGCAAUGUUGUGAUGGUCAACAUGAUAUUAGCAGACUUGAACGAGCCCAUAAUAACAGAGGGCAUCAUUACAAUAAUACACAUUUUUGA